CGCCGCCCGCCCCUUCCGCCGCCGCGGGGCCCGAGGGGCGGCCCCUGCCCCGCCCGACAUUUUGUGCCGCCCGCCCCCUCCGGCUCGAGCAGGGCAGAGUAGCCAGGGUCAUGGACGUCCCAAGCUCCCGUUCCCGGCCUUAGCAUCCAGCGUAGAGUGGACAGGGGGUUGCGUCAAGCAUGGGAAACUCCAGCUCCACUCCUCUUCACUUCCCUCUUAGCAAAAGAUUUUAUGGCACUUCCCGGUGCGGACGUGCCAGUGCAGCACCCGAUCUCACACCCUGAGAUUUGUUCUGCCGCUCCUGAGUGAUUUAAAUCUACAUCUCUUUAAUAAGAGUCACUCCUCUAAAUAGUUUAAAUUUGCAAUUCUUCAUUUGAACAUGCUUCAAUAAAGCUCUGAGCUACUGUCAUUGCUUGGUGUUAGUGAUGCCUUUGCUGCUCCUCUUAGUCAGGGAAGGCAAUUGCAAGGGACGGCUCUGACACCGAGUAUCCAAGAUGCAGGACCUGGCUGGACUGCUGUGGUUUUUGUAGUGGUGGUGAAAGGUACUGGCACGAAUUCGUGGGGGCAUAAAGACUGCCAUGUUUUUGGCUGAUGGCUAAGAGUGACUUUGGCUGAACUCUUGAACCUUUAUUGCCCCCCUGUUCCUGCCUUAAAAAUGGGUGUAAUGCCUCUGUGUUGGCCAGCUGACUUUGGUAGAAGUUCCUGAAGUGCUGUAGGGGCAGCCAAAGGCAACUCCCACCAGUCCACAGAGUGUGACAAGUCCUGACACAAGUCCUGUCACAGCCUGGCGGCCACUUGUCCAGAGCCAGCUCUCCUUUAUCAGCUCGCUUGCUGCUUGUGCUCUUUUCCUGGCCUGUCCUUUCGCCAGCAGAAAUGCGGAAAAACCAGUUCUGUGGUUAAUUGCUGCACUUCCCUCCACGCCCAUGGGGCAGGUCUCCUCCUCCUCCUCACUCACAGUCUGGGUGCACUUCACCCUCCAGCCUCUUUGCCCCUGCCUGUGCUCAGCCGGCUCAGGUGCACCGGCAGGCCUCCGUACCCUUUCCAUUAACCUUAAGGCUUUUCUUGCCUUCCCCUUUUCCCUCCGUCUGCCAGAGCUUGUCUCUCUGGUGGCUCCUUUUCCCUUGGGCAACCCACUGCGUUGGCCUGCAGGUGCAUAAGGCACAGGCAGCUGCCUUCCUGGCCCUGUCCUGCCCUGCCUGCGGGGAUACCAUUAGGAGAGGAUGGCCGGAGGAAACGAGCGGAGCAUGAGGGCCCUGAAGGAGGUGUGGAAAAGAGCAGAAAACUCUUUGUGCGCAGAUUGCGGGAAGCCAGAUCCUGACUGGGCAUCCUCUACUUUGGGUGUCUUUAUAUGCCUCAGCUGUUCAGGAAUUCAUCGCAACAUCCCUAGCAUCAGCAAAGUCAAAUCCCUGAAGAUGGACCACUGGGAUGAUGCUCAGGUGCAGUUUCUGGCCAAGCAUGGGAAUGCUGUGGCUAAAGCCACAUACGAAGCUCACAUCCCUAUUUACUAUUACCAGCCAACCUACAAUGACUGCCAAGUGCUGAGAGAACAGUGGAUACGGGCCAAAUAUGAACGCAAAGAAUUCACUGAGCUGGGAAAACAGCUGCCAUAUUCUGAUGGGGUGAAGGAAGGCAUCCUCUGGAAGCGAGGUCGAGACAAUGGGCAGUUCCUACCCCGCAAGUUCCUCUUGUCUGAGAGAGAGGGAUGUCUGAAGUAUUUCACCAAGCAGGAUGCCAAAGAACCCAAACUUAGUGUUAAAAUAGAUGUCAUCAAUGCUACGUUCCAGCCAGAGAAGAUUGGGAACCCCAAUGGCCUGCAGAUCACCUAUCUCAAAGACAACAAGACCCGUAAUAUAUUUGUCUACCAUGAAAGUGGAAAGGAGGUAGUAGACUGGUUCAAUGCCAUUCGCUCUGUACAGUUCCAUUAUCUGAAGGUAGCAUUUCCCAUUGCCAGCGAUAAUGAGAUUAAAAAUCGUCUGACGAGAAAUUUCUUGAAGGAGGGAUACAUGGAGAAGACUGGUCCCAAGCAGAGAGAGGCCUUUAAGAAGCGCUGGUUCACACUGGAUCACCGCAGACUCAUGUACUUCAAGGAUCCUUUGGAUGCAUUUGCUAAGGGUGAGGUAUUUGUGGGCAGCAAAGAGAAUGGAUAUAGUGUCCAGAAGGGAUUGCCUUCAGGGACACAGGGCAACUUCUCUUGGCACUAUGGCAUCACCAUUGUCACCCCUGACCGGGAAUACCUCUUCACCUGCGAGACAGAGACUGACCAGCUGGAGUGGAUCAAAGCCUUCACUAGCGUCAUCAACCAGGCCAUGACACCACAGGAAUAUGCAAUUGAAGCCUACUUCAAGUUUAAAUCCUAGGAAACCAUUCAGGAACUAUGACUCCACUCUACCCGGUCCUGUGGCUGUCAAGAGAGGAGAGCAGAUUGACAUCAGAGAAACACUGUGCUCUGAAGCACCCUUGAAGCACUUUUGCCCCCACAGAAUGUCCACUUGUUUGGAGGGCCCAAUUAAGCUGCUUCCUUUCAAGUGCAAGACUUUGAGUCUGAAUCUUCAGUACAACCUGUCCCUGUUAAAUUGCUGUGAUCUGACUGGAUGCUGGCAGGUCUUGCCUAUCAAUCAGACCUUGAAAACUUUGGCACUUACUGUGUUGGACAUGGGACCUAUCAUCACUCCUGCAUGAAACUGCAGACAGCCACCUACCUUACUCAAGAAAACAGCUGCCUGGCUGGAGCCAGGCACCCCAGCAGGUUGCAGGGGCUGCUGGACUAAGAGAACCUGUUCCUUUAAAAGAAAUGUAAUCUCUGCUGGUGACAGAGAUGUGAAACAUCUGGAUAUUUGAUCAGUUAGAGCUGUAGUUGAGAAAGGUCACUUAAAAAAUGUAACCUACCAGCCAAA